AGGCAGAAUUCCCAUCCUUUUUUCUCUUCUCCUCCUCCUCCUCCCUGCGAUGGCAAUGGCUAACCAUUCCUCUUCCUCUUCGUCGUCUUCGUCCAGGGUCGAAAGUCUUCGCAGCGAGCGCAUCUAUUCAUCCAAACUAUACUUUGAUGUCCCACCCACCAAGGUUCCCAUCAUCUACUCCAAAUCCUACCGUAUCUCGCUCUUGGGUUUCGAAAGAAUGCACCUGUUCGAUUGUUGCAAAGGAGCCCGUAUAUGCCGAUUCCUCAUUGAAGAAGGGAUUCUGAGCAAAACCCAAAUCGUAAAGCCGGUUUCGGCUUCCAAAGAUGAUCUUCUUGUGGUGCAUUCGAAUGCAUAUCUCAAGAGCCUGAAGAAGAGUGCGAAUGUGUCUGAAAUAAUUAAGAUUUCAGCAGUUUCUCUUCUUCCAAACUACAUUGUUCAACAGCGGAUCCUACGCCCACUGCGCAAGCAGGUGGGUGGUACGGUUCUGGCAGGGAAGCUGGCGAAGGAGCGAGGUUGGGCCAUCAACGUUGGCGGUGGUUUUCACCACGGCUGCGCAGAGAAAGGCGGUGGAUUCUGUGCAUACGCAGACAUCACACUUUGCAUCCGUUAUGCAUUUCAAUGCCUAAAUAUUACCAGGGCGAUGAUUAUAGAUCUUGAUGCCCAUCAAGGGAAUGGUCAUGCAACAGAUUUUGCAGAUGACGGAAGAGUUUACAUACUUGACGUGUAUAAUAAAAACAUAUAUCCACGAGAUUAUGAAGCAAGAAAGCUUAUUAAUCAAAAGGUUGAGCUGGUGAGCGGAACAACAACCGAGAAAUAUCUUGAAUGUCUUGAAAAUGCACUUCAGGCCGCAGAAAGGGCAUUUCAUCCGGAGCUAGUGGUCUACAAUGCUGGAACGGAUAUCUUGGAUGGCGAUCCCUUGGGAAGACUAAAGGUCACCCCGAACGGGAUCAUUGCUAGAGAUGAGAAGGUGUUUAAAUUUGCAAGACGAAGAAACAUACCACUUGUGAUGCUUACCUCAGGUGGUUACUUGAAGUCAAGUGCUCGAGUUAUAGCAAAUUCUAUAAAAAAUCUAAAAGCAAAAAAUUUGAUUGAUCUGGAGAUGUCUGAAAGCAAAGUGUCUGGUCAGUUUGUGUAACUUACAAUCUCAGGCACUACUUGCAUUUUGUGUAAUUCUUGUUUUAGAUUUAAGAGGAAGGAGUUCCUUAAAAGUUCGAGGACUUCUUCUGGAAUAUUAUCUCGUAAGAGAGCAUUGUGGAGCACCUUCUUUGGGUGAUCUUUAUAAACCAAUUCAAUGUUCAAAUAAAUCCUCAUAUUCUACACUU